UUUAUGGGAAGGUGAGAGAGGAAAUGCUGUUUCUGGGGGAUAGGGACCGGGGCCUAGAGAGGUGCCUGUAUCUGCCCGGGAUAUGGCCUUCUGGGAAGGUGCCCCUAUAUAGGCAGAACCCACUGUGGAUAAGAGGCCAUAACGUAGGCGAGUGUGUUACAUACAAGGUGCCCCUAUAUAGGCAGAACCCACUGUGGAUAAGAGGCCAUAACGUAGGCGAGUGGGUUACAUACAAGGUGCCCCUAUAUAGGCAGAACCCACUGUGGAUAAGAGGCCAUAACGUAGGCGAGUGGGUUACAUACAAGCUGCCCCUUUAUAGGCAGAACCCACUGUGGAUAAGAGGCCAUAACGUAGGCGAGUGGGUUACAUACAAGCUGCCCCUUUAUAGGCAGAACCCACUGUGGAUAAGAGGCCAUAACGUAGGCGAGUGGGUUACAUACAAGCUGCCCCUUUAUAGGCAGAACCCACUGUGGAUAAGAGGCCAUAACGUAGGCGAGUGGGUUACAUACAAGCUGCCCCUUUAUAGGCAGAACCCACUGUGGAUAAGAGGCCAUAACGUAGGCGAGUGGGUUACAUACAAGCUGCCCCUUUAUAGGCAGAACCCACUGUGGAUAAGAGGCCAUAACGUAGGCGAGUGGGUUACAUACAAGCUGCCCCUUUAUAGGCAGAACCCACUGUGGAUAAGAGGCCAUAACGUAGGCGAGUGGGUUACAUACAAGCUGCCCCUUUAUAGGCAGAACCCACUGUGGAUAAGAGGCCAUAACGUAGGCGAGUGGGUUACAUACAAGCUGCCCCUUUAUAGGCAGAACCCACUGUGGAUAAGAGGCCAUAACGUAGGCGAGUGGGUUACAUACAAGCUGCCCCUUUAUAGGCAGAACCCACUGUGGAUAAGAGGCCAUAACGUAGGCGAGUGGGUUACAUACAAGGUGCCCCAGGCUCCUGCCCUGGAUUUGCCCUAUGGCUUUUGUUUCUCACCCCCCUGGGCUGAAACUGUUCCAUUGCCUCCUGACUCCUCCCUCAUCCGCCUGACAUUUCAAAUAGCGCUCUUAUUGGCUGUAACUUCAUGACUGUACUUGGUUCUGAUUAAAAUAAAUAGUGAUCGGUA